AUACUUGUUAUCAGAAAACCAGUUUUGUGCAGCUUAAUAAUGAAUGUGAGAAAACAAUGAGCUGUUUUGUCUUUUUCCUCACCAAUUUCUUCACAAAUAAGGUAACGUUUCAACCGACCAAUGCAUGAAUUACAGAAGUGAGCUGGCGUAAUUUCCAAUAUUUGGAAUAAUAUUUAAUACUAAACAUUAAUUAGUGUUAAAAACUGGACUGUUAUAUAUUGGAAGGUGUUUUCUCAGAAGUUUAUACUUUGCGCAUUUCUCAUCUCUAUUCACACAAACUAAGGAAAAUUCAUAGAAAAGAAUGGCUACCCUUGUCGCUCCUCCCCAACAUUCUCCUGUUGAGGAUGCUGAAGCUCUCUACAAGGCUUGUAAAGGAUGGGGGACUGAUGAGAAGGGAAUAAUUUCAAUACUGGGUCAUAGAACUGCAGAACAAAGGCAACAAAUCAGGAUAGCUUAUCAGGAUCUUCACCAAGAAGACCUUGUUAAACGCCUCGAGUCUGAACUCAGCGGAGACUUUGAGAAAGCUGUGUACCGAUGGAUAUUGGAACCAGCCGAUCGCGAUGCUGUGCUAGCCCACGUGGCCAUCAAGAAACUAAGCCCUGAUUAUCAUGUGAUCAUCGAAAUCGCAUGCGUCCGAUCUCCUGAAGAACUCUUGGCUGUGAGGAGGGCUUACCAGGCUCGCUACAAGCGUUCCCUGGAAGAAGAUGUGGCUGCUCAUACCACUGGCGAUUUUCGCAAGCUCUUGGUUGCCUUAGUGAGUGCAUUUAGGUAUGCUGGUGGUGAGAUUAACGAGAGAUUGGCUAAGUCUGAGGCUGAUAUUCUUCAUGAUGCUAUCAAGGAUAAGGCACUUAAUCAUGAUGAAAUCAUCAGGAUAUUAUCCACAAGGAGUAAGGCACAGCUCAUGGCAACUUUUAAUCGUUACAGAGAUGAACAUAACACUUCCAUCACUAAGAAUCUGUUUGGCGAAGGCGAUCAAAAUAAUGAGUUUCCGGCUGCUCUGCGUACAACCAUUCGCUGCAUCAACAACUCAAAUAAGUACUUUGAAAAGGUUAUCCGCAAUGCAAUCAAAAGGCUUGGGACUGAUGAGGAUGCACUCACUCGCGUGAUCAUUACCAGGGCAGAGAAGGACUUGAAGGAGAUCAAAGAGAUUUAUUACAACAGGAACAGUGUCUCUCUUGAUCAUGUUGUGGCCAAGGACACUUCAGGGGAUUACAAGGCCUUCCUUUUAACUCUGCUAGGAAAAGAAGAUUAAAAUUCUUCUUUUAUGGGCACUGUUCAGAUGCUUAAAACUUGAAAUAAGGGUGGGUGGUUGGACU